AUGGUAUUUAGGGGUUCUUCUGACCCAGAAGCUUGCCAAAUGCACACAGCUAAGCGGCGUCUUGAAAUAUUGUCGGAGAACUUCAAGUUUAGCGUCCAAUACACGAACUUUCCAAAGUCACCUGAUGGAAGUGACCCACUGUAUUUUGCGCUGGUAUCGCUAGGCUUGGAACGUCCAAUUGUGUGCCAUGGACGCGGUUCGACAAUGGAAGCUGCAGCAGAAAACGCGGCGUUCAAUGCGAUAACGAAUCUGUGCACAUACGACCAACCUGCUUCGCCUCACGAGCAGAUUAGUGCUCUACCUGUAUGCAACUAG